AUGUCUUCGUCUUCUUCUUCGGUGGGGCCCCGCGGCCCUCGCCCACCCACAGUGCCUCCCCCCAUGCAGGAGCUGCCCGACCUGAGCCACCUGACAGAAGAGGAGCGGAACAUUAUCAUGGCAGUGAUGGACCGGCAGAAGGAAGAGGAAGAGAAGGAAGAGGCCAUGCUCAAGUGUGUGGACUCUAAUCUGGGGAAACCGGCUGCUUCCAAAACUCCAGGAAAUCUGAAGAAUCUGCCUCAUAGGCCUUCUUCUCCAAGACUGCACCAGCAAUUUGAAAGUUACAAAGUGCAAGUAAGAAAAAUAGGUGAAGAAUCCCGCCGUUACCAAGGAGAGCACAAGGACGACACACCAAUGUGUGGAAUAUGCCACAAAACAAAGUUUGCUGAUGGUUGUGGCCACUUAUGCUCCUACUGCCGAACAAAGUUUUGUGCCAGAUGCGGAGGUCGUGUUUCCCUGCGAUCAAACAAUGAGGACAAAGUGGUUAUGUGGGUAUGCAAUUUAUGCCGAAAGCAACAAGAGAUCUUAACAAAAUCUGGAGCGUGGUUUUUUGGAAGUGGUCCACAACAGCCUCCAAGUCAGGAUGGAACACUGAGUGAUACAGCUACUGGUGGCAGUUCAGAUGCACCUAGAGAAAAGAAAGCAAGACUUCAAGAAAGGUCAAGGUCUCAGACACCCCUUAGCACAGCAGCUGCCUCUUCGCAGGAAAUAUCCUCUAUUGUGCAGCCUGACAGAAGGAAAGGCAUAGAGCUUUCACAGCAAGCUAUGGGCCUGGAGCAGAAGCAAACUUCAUCAAGAUCUAGAAGUGAACCCCCGAAAGAGAGGAAGAAAGCACCCGUGGGUUCUGAACAAAAUGGGAAAGGAGGUCUAAAAGGUGAGCGCAAACGUGUGCCCAAAUCCUCACUUCAGCAGGGUGAAGGACAAGCAGAUGAGAGGGAAUUUAAAGAAAGACGUGAUGGUAGAAGAUUAGAGAAAGGGAGAUCUCAGGACUAUUCAGACUUUCCAAAACAAUUUGAGGAAGGCAAGGCUAUAGAGGAAGAGAAGCAAAGGAAAGAAGAUGACUAUCACACUCGAUACAGGAGUGAUCCCAAUCUAGCAAGGUAUCCUGUGAAACCACACCCCGAGGAGCAACAGAUGCGUAUGCAUGCAGAAGUUUCAAAAGCACGGCAUGAAAGAAGACACAGUGAUGUUGCCUUGCCACAUACAGAAGUCGAGGAAUCUGAGGUAUCUGAGAAUAAACUAGGAAAUCACUCUCAGUUGCAAGGAACUCAGGACACAAAAUCUCACUUGGAUACUCAGAGAGCAUACUUGAUAGAAAGAACAGGUGAUGUAAGGAUUUCUGUUUCUAAACAAUUAGCUAAUCAUAGCCCACCAACUCCCAGGCAUAGUGUGGUUCCUCCAGAGCACUUAGAAUCAAAAAACCAUGAUCCCUUUAAAAAAAACCUAGAUCCUAGCUCUGCUAUUCUCAUUCGGAAAGCAAAGCGGGAGAAAAUGGAGACCAUGCUAAGGAAUGAUUCCCUUAGUUCUGACCAGUCAGAAUCAGUGCGACCAUCUCCUCCAAAGCCUCAUAGAUCGAAACGGGGUGGAAAGAAAAGGCAAAUGUCAGUCAGCAGCUCUGAGGAAGAAGGAGCGUCAACACCUGAAUAUACCAGUUGUGAUGACGUGGAAAUAGAGAGUGAAAGUGUCAGUGAAAAAGGUGACUUGGAUUAUUACUGGCUGGAUCCUGCCACGUGGCACAGUAGGGAGACAUCCCCUAUUAGUUCGGUUGUAGGAGGAAAAAUGACCGAUUUGGGACGACUUGGUGCCUUCAUUACCAAAGUAAAGAAAGGUAGCUUGGCUGAUGUGGUAGGACAUCUCAGAGCAGGUGAUGAGGUUUUAGAAUGGAAUGGAAAAUCCCUUCCAGGAGCUACAAAUGAAGAAGUUUACAACAUUAUUUUAGAAUCCAAAUCAGAACCUCAAGUUGAAAUUAUUGUUUCAAGGCCCAUAGGUGACAUUCCAAGGAUUCCUGAGACUUCUCAUCCUCCACUGGAGUCUAGUUCUAGCUCAUUUGAAUCUCAAAAAAUGGAACGGCCAUCAAUUUCUGUUAUUUCCCCUACUAGCCCCGGAGCCCUAAAAGAUGCACCACAAGUCCUACCUGGUCAGCUUUCUGUUAAGCUAUGGUAUGACAAAGUGGGACAUCAAUUAAUAGUGAAUGUUCUUCAAGCAACAGAUCUGCCACCUAGAAUAGAUGGACGACCAAGGAAUCCUUACGUGAAAAUGUAUUUCCUUCCAGAUAGAAGUGAUAAAAGUAAAAGAAGGACGAAAACAGUAAAGAAAAGCUUAGAGCCAAAAUGGAACCAAACGUUUCUUUAUUCCCAUGUGCAUCGUAGAGAUUUUAGAGAACGGAUGUUAGAAAUCACUGUCUGGGAUCAGCCAAGAGUUCAAGAAGAGGAAAGUGACUUUCUUGGAGAGAUCCUUAUUGAGCUGGAGACGGCACUUUUAGAUGAUGAACCACAUUGGUAUAAGCUGCAGACACAUGAUGAAUCCUCACUACCUCUGCCUCAGCCAUCACCCUUCAUGCCAAGGAGACAUGCCCAUGGUGGAGAGAACUCUAGCAAAAAAUUGCAAAGAUCUCAGCGAAUCAGUGAUAGUGACAUCUCAGAUUAUGAUGUUGAUGAUGGUAUUGGAGUAGUUCCUUCAGUAGGUUAUAGGUCUGGCACUAGAGAAAGUAAAUCUACAACAUUAACUGUGCCAGAACAGCAAAGAGGAAUUCAUUAUCGUUCACGAUCUGUAUCUCCUCACCGUGGUGACGAUCAGGGCAGGACCCGUUCUCGUUUACCAAAUGUGCCAUUACAGAGGAGUUUAGAUGAAAUUCAUCAAAUGAGAAGAUCGCGUUCUCCAACUAGACACCAUGAUGCCUCCCGAAGCCCAAUUGACCGCAGGUCCAGAGAUGUGGAUAGCCUGUAUUUGUCAGAUCAAGAAAGUGAGCUUCUUAUGCUGCCCAGGGCAAAACGAGGAAGAAGUGCAGAGUGCCUACAUACCACCAGAAAUUCUAUUAAGCACUAUAAAACAUUACCACCCAAGAUGCCUUUAUUAGAGAAUGGCACUUACUGGAAUAUUUACAGCUCAACUCUGCCUGCAUAUGUUAAGGCCACAUCAGUGCUUAGUCAGGAUAUUUCACUUCUUCGUAAUUGCCUUAACUCGCAAAUACCAAGAUUUACAGAUGAACUAUUAUGGGUUAGUGAACUGCAGCCCUCACUUGACAGGGCUAGGAGUGCUAGUACCAACUGCUUGAGACCUGAUACUAGUUUGCAUUCACCAGAACAAGAAAGGCAGUCCAGAAAAACGGAAAGAUAUAGCACCCAAAAACAAACUAGGAAAGGCUCCGCAUCAGAAACAGAAAGGGUUCUACUGCCAUGUGUUUCUAGAAGGGGACUUCCUACCCCGAGAAUCAAUGAUCAGCCAGUCAUUAGGGGAAAACAUCACACUCGCCCAAGGUCGAGUGAGCGUUCUAGUAUCAGACCAUUAUGUUCUGUACAUCACCUAGUUCCUGGAGGGUCGGCGCCACCUUCUCCACUUCUGACAAGAAUGCAUCAGCCAGGAAGUCCUGUGCAGUCCUCUUCAGCAGACACACCCUUCAGCAGUCGUAGGGGAAGGCAGCUUCCACAAGUCCCUGUCAGGAGUGGAAGUACAGAGCAAGCAAAUUUAGUAGUGGAGGAGCGAACAAGACAGAUGAAAAUGAAAAUGCACCGUUAUAAUCAGACAACAGGGUCUGGUUCUAGUCAAGAACUUGAACGUGAGCAAUAUACCAAGUAUAACAUAGAAACAGAUCAGUACAGAAGUUGUGAUAACGUCUCUGCCAGAUCAUCAGAUAGUGAUGUCAGUGAUGUGUCAGCCAUUUCCCGUACCAGCAGUGCCUCACGUCUCAGCAGCACAAGCUUUAUGUCAGAGCAAUCUGAGCACCCUAAGGGCAGAAUGAGUACAUUUACUCCUAAAAUGCAAGGCAGACGGAUGGGGACUUCAGGGAGAACUAUCACAAAGAGCACAAGUGUGAGUGGAGAGGUGUAUAAGCUGGAACACAAUGAUGGAAGUCAAUCAGACACUGCAGUUGGUACGGUUGGAACAGGUGGGAAGAAAAGACGAUCAAGCCUUAGUGCCAAAGUUGUUGCCAUGGUAUCUCGAAGAAGCAGAAGCACAUCCCAGCUUAGCCAAACAGAGACAGGCAACAAGAAGCUAAAAAGCACGAUCCAGAGAAGCACAGAAACAGGUAUGGCAGCAGAAAUGAGAAGUCGUAUGGUUCGGCAGCCAAGUCGGGAGUCAACUGAUGGCAGCAUCAACAGUUACAGCUCUGAGGGAAACCUAAUAUUUCCAGGAGUUCGACUGGGUGCUGACAGUCAGUUCAGUGAUUUCCUUGAUGGCCUUGGACCUGCCCAGCUAGUAGGUCGACAGACCUUAGCGACUCCUGCCAUGGGUGACAUUCAGAUUGGAAUGGUGGAUAAGAAAGGCCAGUUAGAAGUAGAAGUCAUUAGAGCUCGAGGCCUCACACAGAAGUCUGGUUCAAAAUCUACCCCAGCUCCGUAUGUCAAAGUGUAUCUGUUGGAAAAUGGGGCUUGCGUAGCGAAGAAAAAAACAAGGAUUGCGAGGAAAACCCUUGAUCCUUUAUACCAACAGACUUUAAUUUUUGAUGAAAGUCCGCAUGGUAAAGUCCUUCAGGUGAUAGUUUGGGGAGACUAUGGCCGGAUGGAUCACAAAUGCUUCAUGGGAGUUGCACAGAUCCUGCUGGAAGAACUUGAUUUAUCCAGCGUUGUAAUAGGCUGGUAUAAAUUAUUUCCACCAUCCUCCCUGGUUGAUCCAACGUUGACUCCUCUGACUCGCAGGGCUUCCCAGUCAUCUCUGGAAAGUUCUACUGGGCCUCCCUGCAUUCGAUCUUAG